AUGAUUCCAGCUCUGCCUGCACAGAGAGCAGGUGUCAGACCAGGUGUCAGACCAGGUGAGUGCCGGGGCCUGACAGUUAGCAGCCAGCGCUCCCGGGUGACCUCACCUUGCCUCAAAGCUUGGCAAAAACAGACAGGGCGUGAAUAUACUCAGCUAAACGGCAUCAGGGAGGCUUUUGCCAUCAAGAAGGACUUCCGUCAUGUCCCCCCUGUCAAACUGGGCUUAGUCGACAUCGAUCAGAGGCUCAAGAAUGGAGCUUUCUGGCAGCGACUGCAGGCCUCAGAGAUCCCGGUUGGCUCGUCCUCAAGAGCCGAGCCGGAGACCGGAUCCCAGUCCUCCAUUAUCAACCAACCACUCAGUGACAAUGCUCCUUCUUUUCCACCCCAAUUCAGCUACAUACAUCGCGUCACCUCUGCGGGGGAGGAUUUCAAUUUCACACUCCGCUGGGGUGCGGAGCGCACGCGUCACUUAAACACAGGUAUUUUCCAGCAGAGCACGGAGGACGUCACACUGAAAUAUACAACACCGAUAACUCCUGCACAAUGGACUCUGUUUGUCUGGGAUUUCAUGUAUUUUUGGUUAUUUUCCAUGUUUAUAUACUUUGUAGUGGGACUCUGCAGAAGGACUGCAUAUGACUGGCUGUACACGAUGCCUGCAGUGCUACCCUAUGGAUUUCACGCCUCUCUUAUCAUCAGCAUUUGCUUCAACAUCGCAUGGUUGUUUUUGUUUGACAGAGAGUUGUUGCGGGCACAGCUGAUAAUAUCAGCAUUAAUGACGUUCGCCAACUACACGAUACUAUUUUUCUCCUGUCAUGGGCUGAAGAUCUACGCCGCUUGGUUGCACAAAUAUCACAAUGUGGAUCUCUGGCUGAUCAGAAUAUUGGUGCAGAACGGAGUGGCUGUGUACGCUACAUGGGGGACCGUCUCCACUCUACUGAACCUGACAAUAUAUUUACAGCAUCAGAGAGGAACGUCGAGAUGUGACUGCGCGAUGCUGUCACUGAUGCUGCUUCUGAUGGAGCUGUUCGCCUGGUUUCUGUUGGAGAACUUCUACCUCGACGAGCACGUGCGUUACAUCGUCACCAUUUAUCCCGUGGUCAUCCUGUGGCUGUCCGGCAUCCUCGACAACUCCACCUCCCCUAAAAGCCCCAUGUACAUUUUUGCAGCUUUGAUCCUGGCUAUUUCCUGCAUGAUGUUUGCGGUGCGCAUCGCUCUCAUCACAUGGAGACACCGCAAGCAACCGCUGUACAAGGACAGUGGACUUAGUAUGUCACCGGUCGAAAUAGCCUUGACACAAAGGAAAAUAUUUCUAUAAAGUUUAGCGUGAAGCGAUUCUCUGUUGGAAUACUAUACGACUCACAUGUUGCCAAGAAGAUGCACUUUUUCUUGGUAACAAAAGACAUCUGUAAAUAUCUGAACAAACGGUGGAUGAAUAAAACUAUAAGAGAAAAUUAAAAAAAGGGGUUUUGACUUAAUGUUGAGCCAGAUAUUGGCAAAAUACUGUACAUGGAAGCAUGACAUUGACAUUGUUCAUGAAAAUUAAAAAACAGUGAUUUGAUCAACCUCAAUAUUUGUAUCUUGACAAGUUAUAGAUUGUAUUAAGG